CCGCGAAAUUGAUAGAGAAAGGUAGGGUCCGCACCACCUCACAGUCGCACACGGCGCAACCAAGAACCCUUCUCGCGUCAGCUUCCCAUGGAACUUUUACUUACCAAAAAUCUUCUUCUUCUACUUCCCACUCUCGAUGAUGAUGGCUCUGUUCACUUCAGUAUCAGCUGUUCUCCCUUCAGUCUCUGUCGUCUCGCUCCAUCACACUCCGCGAAAUCACAGGCGCUUAUCGUUUCAGGUUGAUGCUCUUAGCUCCUCAUCCUCUUCCCCUGAAUACUCCUCCACCGAAAGCGUUACUUCUUCUUCAACCCCUGUGACCAAGAAGCCGCCGGAUCGAAACUUCAAUAAUACGGUUGCUAAUCCCAACAGCGACCCAGUUAUUCGCCUCGGUUCCUCCACUGAAUCUUCCAUCGAGAAGGCAAUUUUUGACUUCCGCUUCUUGGCGCUUCUGGCUGUUGGAGGUUCAUUGGCGGGUUCCUUGUUGUGCUUUUUGAAUGGUUGUGUUUACAUUUUUGAUGCCUACAAGAUAUACUGGACAGGAUGUCUCAAAGGGAUUCAUUCAGGAAAGAUGGUUCUACGAGUAGUUGAAGCUAUUGAUGUUUAUCUUGCUGGUACUGUCAUGUUAAUAUUUGGCAUGGGCUUGUAUGGACUAUUUAUCAGUAAUGUGCCUCCUGACAUACCCUCCGCAAAUGACCGUGCUCUCAAGGGAUCUUCCUUGUUCGGGAUGUUUACUUUGAAGGUGAGACCCAAAUGGAUGAAAAUCAGCUCACUUGAUGAACUGAAGACAAAAGUGGGACACGUUAUCGUCAUGAUUCUUCUUGUAAAGAUGUUUGAGAGGAGCAAGACGGUGACAAUAGCUACUGGAAUGGAUCUUCUUAGUUACUCUGUAUGUAUUUUCUUGUCUUCUGCCUCCUUGUACAUUCUUCAUAAUCUCCACCAGUGAAACUAGGGUUUUUUUUUAUGACCAGAUCUUUGUUAGAGAACUAUUUGAAAAUAUGUCAAAUAAAUGAUCUUCUUACCUUUAUUUUAUACUAUGUAAUAUCUAAUCUACACCAUGGAUCAGAUGAUUCUGUUUGCUCA